AUGAGGCCUCCCAGCGGGCUAUUGGCCCGUCGCUGGACUUGCAUUCAGUGUCGAAGCUGCUCUACUUCUACGCCAGCCCGCAAUGGGAAGACCAAAUUACCGGACGGUCCUGCGCGCACGCGUUUCGCCCCUUCUCCUACCGGAUACCUUCAUCUUGGAUCUUUACGGACUGCGCUUUUCAACUACCUGCUUGCCAAACGUACUGGUGGUCAAUUCCUCUUGCGCAUCGAGGAUACUGACCAGAAACGAACGAUUCCCGGUGCGGAGCAACGGCUGUAUGAUGAUCUACAAUGGGCUGGGUUAAACUGGGACGAAGGUCCUAUCGUGGGUGGUCCUUAUGGUCCUUAUAGACAGUCCGAACGAACCGCUCUAUACCGCUCCCACGCCAACGACCUGAUUUCAAAUGGCCAUGCCUAUCGUUGUUUCUGCUCUGCCGAGCGUCUAGACUCAAUCGCCCGACACCGCAGCUCGGCCGGUCUGCCUCCUGGAUAUGAUCGUAAAUGCGCAGACAUCUCAGCCGAGCAAUCAGAAGAUCGUGCAGCGAAUGGUGAAUCGCAUAUUGUGCGGUUAAAGGUGGAAGAAUAUCCCAUGUUCAACGAUCUGGUCUAUGGCAAGACAGGUCAGAAUCGGUCCAACAACAAGAAGCUGGACUUCAUCGACCGUGUCUACGAUGAUCCCGUUAUGAUCAAGUCGGAUGGACAUCCCACAUAUCACUUGGCAAAUGUGGUAGAUGAUCAUCUCAUGAAGAUUACUCAUGUUAUUCGAGGAACGGAAUGGAUGCCUUCUACGCCCAUGCAUAUGGCUCUUUACAAUGCCUUCAAGUGGACUCCGCCGCAGUUUGGUCAUGUCCCUCUCCUCGUCGAGAAGAGCGGACAAAAGCUGAGCAAGCGAAAUGCGGAUAUCGAUCUCUCGUCAUUCAAGGACAAGCAGGGAGUAUUUGCAACCAGCUUGGUGAACUUUGCUUCCCUGUUGGGUUGGUCCCACUCCCAGAAAUCCGAUGUCUUUGACUUGAAGGAAUUGGAACAAAUUUUCAAUCUCAAAAUAACACGGGGCAACACUAUUGUGGCCUUUGAAAAGCUCUGGUUCCUUCAAAAGGCCCAUGCCCAACGCUUCGCUGCCGCCGGUGGUCCUGAAUUCGACGAGAUGGUGAGCAGGGUCAGCUCUGUGGUCGAAGCCAACUAUCCUCACGACAAACUCGCCACAAUCCUCAAGACCCGCACCCUCUCCGAGUACAUCGCACCACUCAUCCGCGCCGAUGCAAAGUCCUACACCGACGCCGAGCAAUUCGUCCAACGAAACUCAACCUUCUUCGCCCCAAAGCUCGACCGGGCCACCUAUACACCAACUACAUCCUCAUCCACCUCCCCUCAAGUUCCAAUGCAAGCCCUCCACACAGCAGCAGCAGCCCUAACCCUCGUCCCACCCACACAUUGGAACAUCGAAACCCACCGUUUCAAUAUAACCUCCUACGAUGGCUCGGACAGCGUCGUCGUUCCAGAGGUUGACUCAACCGCCACUGAGUCACCAGCACCUGUUUCAACAGACAAGGUCUUCAAAAAGGAAUUAUAUCACUACCUCCGCUGGGCAUUGUCUGCCUCUGCUCCUGGCCCGGGCAUUCCUGAGACCAUGGCUAUUCUCGGGAGGGAGGAAACUGUGCGUCGUAUUCAAGAUGCGAAGGCUUCUACGCAGUCUCUUGUUCCUUCGGCUGGGAGGAGGGUUCCCAAGGGGACUUUGCCUGAGGAUAAUUCUUGGAUGGGGACACUUGCGUCUGGGAGGUGA